UGGUGGUUUUUUUGCAAUUCUUACAAAAAGUUUAUCGAGCUCACUGAAUGAGCUUAAUUUAAAAAAGAAAAAAGGAAAAGACAAAAAAAAAUUUGUUUUUCACCCCCUGGAAGUUCUUGAAAGCAGUUUGAUCCUAGACUGUUGCAGAAAUCUGGCUGGAAAGUGUUCAUGGAGCUCCACUGAAUUAAAGAUUCAGGUUUCAGGUGGCCUCACAGAGCGUGCCAGACUGCAGGCUCCAGGCUGAGUCUGAAAUGGCUGGUGUAAAUGUAACGUGACAAAACGAAUGCUGAGAACUCCGAGGCUUAGCUGCCACCAGGAGGAGGAGGAAGCUUGCUUUGUUCACGUAAACUCCCCUAACCCACUGGGCUAGGAUGCUGCCCUUCCUGCUUUAAGGUAGCCUUUACCUGGAAAGCCACUUCCAAAUGUUACCCCUGUUUGGGAAGGGUGCUGCAGCUGCUCCUCAAAUCCUUCUGACAGGGUGUGUAUGUAUUUGUGUAUACAUCAGCUGUAACUUUAAACUGUUGCUUAGAGAGACGUGAAAACCGGUUUGUAUUUCCCAAUUGCAAGGUGAAUCUGGCAUUCUAGGGGGAGAGAACUAAACUGCUCGGGGGUGAAAAAUAGAGCAGUAGGAAACAAACUGCUUGCAGCAGUGCAUGACUGAGGGGAAUACUUUAAAACAAAAAGUUGUAUUUGUAGAUUGUUAUUAAAGUGCAAAUAACUGAAUUUUCAACAAUGGUUUGGAGUCAGCUUUCAGGGCAUAAUGUCUUGCUUGAUGAAAAGAUCACCCUAUGCCCCCCUUUUAAAGGAAAAUUAUCGCAGGAGAAUCAGGAUGUGUAAAGCUAACAUGCAUCGCAAAACCCAAAAGGUAACCUAAAUGUCUGAUUUUAAUAGCACAUUUCUCUUUUACAUAAACUGUGACGGCAACUUGCAUAAACUUUAUUGAAACAAUUCUUCAAAUGUUAAUUUUAAUGUAAAAAUUUGAAAAAAAAAUGUUUAAAAUAAACAUUUAAAAAAAACAACCACAUGCUUCUGCAUAAAUUAGCGAUAACUUUAAUACUGUGCCCUUUGAAAAUGCACUGUAAUGUAAUGUGGGCAAAAAGGAAUCGGCAAGCUUAAAUAUCAAAAGAUGUAAAAUGAGAACGAAUAUAGAUAGUCCUGCUACUGCCAAAAAAAAAAAUUCUGCUCAGUUAUUUAAAAAUGUAAAAUGAUGGCCCUUUUUAGACCCCAGUAUUGAUACUUACUGUGAAAUGUUCAAAGCUCAGCUUAAGUUGCAUGUUUUCCUUCCUGUGUAAUUGCAUGCAGGAAUCUUUUCUUUCGAUUUGUGCUUACAUUAAGGAGGCUCACAAAUGUCUUCAAUUUGCAGGAGUCAAGAGUGCAUCGCUGUGAAUCGCUUGGGGGACGAUGAGCAGGGGCAACACGAAGUGGUUUUAAGGACCGAAGACAUCGCCACGCAGUGAGGAGCCGAGAAGCCACCCCGCAGAGCAGCCCUCCGCACCCUCUGCUGUUAUGGCAGGGGGAAGGCGGGGCCCCAACCGCACGUCCUACUGCCGAAACCCCCUCUGCGAGCCCGGCGCCGCUGGCGGCUCCGGCCACUCCACCAGUUCCUCUGUCACGGGCGUGCGCUCGCGCACCAGGAGCGGUUCAGGUACAGGCCUUUCCAGCCCACCCUUGGCAACGCAGACAGUCGUUCCCCUCCGGCACUGUAAGAUCCCAGAGCUGCCUGUGGAGAGGAGCGUGCUGUUUGAGCUUCAGCUCUUCUUCUGCCAUCUCGUUGCGCUGUUCGUCCACUACAUCAACAUCUACAAGACCGUGUGGUGGUACCCCCCCUCCCAUCCUCCUUCGCACACGUCGCUGAAUUUUCAUCUUAUUGACUUCAACGUGCUGACGGUGACAACGAUCGUCCUGGCACGCCGGCUGAUCGUCGCUAUUGUGAAGGAGGCUUCGCAGAGUGGCAAAGUCUCCCUGCCACGCUCGGUUUUUCUGGUGAUCACCCGGUUCGCUGUUCUCACUGGCACGGGCUGGAGUUUGUGUCGAUCCAUAAUUCACCUCUUCAGAACCUACUCUUUCCUUAAUCUCCUGUUCCUGUGUUACCCGUUUGGCAUGUACAUUCCCUUCCUCCAACUGAACUGUGACUUUCGGAAGACGAGCCUCUUCUCCCAGGUGGCCAACAUCGGUCCCAGAGAGACCGGCGAGGUGAACUUCAGGGGCAGAGACUACCUGACUGUCCUAAAGGAAACCUGGAAGCAGCACACUCGACAGAUGUACGGCAUGGAGGCCAUGCCCACUCACGCCUGCUGCCUCUCCCCAGAUCUCAUCCGAAAUGAGGUGGAAUACUUGAAAAUGGACUUUAACUGGCGGAUGAAAGAGGUGCUGGUGAGCUCCAUGCUCAGUGCCUACUACGUGGCCUUCGUGCCAGUGUGGUUUGUGAAGAACACGCAGUACUAUGACAAGCGCUGGUCGUGUGAGCUCUUCCUUCUGGUUUCCAUCAGCACGUCUGUGAUUCUGAUGCAGUACCUCCUGCCUGCGCGCUACUGCGACCUGCUCCACAAAGCUGCGGCGCACCUGGGCUGCUGGCAGAAGGUCGACCCAGCCCUCUGCUCCAACGUGCUACAGCAUCAGUGGACGGAGGAGUGCAUGUGGCCACAGGGAGUGCUAGUGAAACACAGCAAGAAUGUGUACAAAGCUGUGGGUCAUUACAACGUGGCUGUGCCAUCGGACGUCUCGCACUUCCGCUUUCACUUCUUUUUCAGCAAACCACUGAGAAUCCUCAACAUCCUGAUCCUGCUGGAAGGAGCCGUCAUCUUCUACCAGCUUUACUCGCUGAUUUCUUCAGAGAAGUGGCAUCAGACGAUCUCACUGGCUCUGAUCCUCUUCAGCAAUUACUACGCCUUCUUCAAGCUGCUGCGUGACCGUCUGGUGCUGGGCAAAGCCUACUCGUAUUCUGCCAGCAGAGACUCAGAGCAGAAGUUAAAUUAAAACAAUUGCACUGAUGCUCAGCUUAUUACAGAACAAACAGAACGAGAAACCCUCAGAGCUUUGUAUUUUUGUUACCACUGCUUUUUUUCUUUGAUAACUGAUGUAAUUAAAAGGAAAAAACAUAUUUUUUUACUCCCAA